AUGAACACGUCCUCUCAACCAUAUGUUUCUGAACUAAAUCUGAGUGUGUUUGGCAGCAACUUUACUGUGCCUACUGUCAAGAGCAAGUCAUCGCCAUGUGAGCAAGUGGUCAUUGCGGCUGAGGUGUUCCUAACUCUGGGCAUUGUAAGCCUCCUUGAAAAUAUCUUAGUUAUAUGUGCAAUAGUUAAGAACAAGAACUUGCAUUCACCCAUGUAUUUUUUUGUUUGUAGUUUAGCAGUGGCUGACAUGCUGGUUAGUGUGUCUAAUGCUUGGGAGACCAUAACGAUAUACUUAAUAAACAAUAGACACAUAAUUAUGGAAGAUGCUUUUGUCCGUCAUAUAGACAAUGUCUUUGAUUCAAUGAUCUGCAUAUCUGUGGUAGCUUCCAUGUGCAGUUUGCUGGCUAUAGCAGUAGACAGGUAUAUCACUAUCUUCUAUGCCCUGCGUUAUCACAACAUCAUGACAGUGAGAAGAUCAGGGCUUAUUAUUGCAUGCAUCUGGACCUUUUGCACGGGCUGUGGCAUUAUCUUCAUUCUUUAUUACGAAUCAACUUACGUGAUCAUUUGCCUCAUCACUAUGUUUUUUACCAUGCUGUUCCUCAUGGUCUCGCUGUACAUCCAUAUGUUCCUCCUGGCUCGUACUCAUGUGAAGAAAAUAGCUGCUUUGCCUGGGUACAACUCUGUCCGUCAAAGAACCAGCAUGAAAGGAGCCAUCACUCUGACUAUGCUUCUUGGCAUCUUCAUUGUUUGCUGGGCUCCUUUCUUUCUUCAUCUCAUCCUGAUGAUCUCCUGCCCUCAAAACCUCUACUGUGUUUGCUUCAUGUCUCACUUCAACAUGUACCUCAUUCUCAUUAUGUGCAACUCAGUGAUUGAUCCCUUGAUCUAUGCCUUUCGUAGCCAGGAAAUGAGGAAGACCUUCAAAGAGAUAAUUUGUUGCUAUAGCCUGAGAAUGGUCUGUGGGUUGUCAAACAAGUAUUAAGAAAACAAAGCCAAGCCAGGGAA